AUGUCUCGACCUGGGCCGUCGUCAGCAAGGAAUUUAACCUUGACAGAGGAAUUGGAGAAACUAGAACAGUCAAUUACCCUUACGCUACAAGAAAUUGACCACAACUUCAAUAAGGCGCACCGAAUCGUCACUUCUAGCAUCCUACCUCUCGUAGAGCAAUAUGGCGAGCACUCAAAGGCUGUUUGGGAAGCGUCUAAAUUCUGGAAGCAAUUCUUCGAGGCAUCCGCCAACGUAUCUCUUUCCGGUUACGAAGAACUAGCCGGCGAUGGCGAGACUACUACAGCUGAGGAAACGACUCUAGAGGAUACGACAUCUAACUAUAACGACGCCACUACCGAGGAGGACACGACUGUUGAGCAGUCGGGCUACGCCGAGCAGCACCAGGAGCAACACGACAUGCCCGAUGAUUCCAUCCUUGACCAUGCCGAGAUAACGGGAAGCACACCACGGGCGCCGUCUACGAAAUCACUACCGCACAUGAAAAAACCACAGUUUGCCGACUUCGAGUCACCCUACGAGAAGCUGCGGCGCGAACUCAAAGGCGAGAAUACUAUCUUUAAGGACGAUUUACUUGCCGAUGACGACGACACCUUAGAACUACCAGCCCACACAAGGACAAGCAAUCAAUCGAGGUUACCGGAUAUGUCGAUGACGCCGCGUUCUUCAUCCUUAUUAGAAGAACCAGCACCCAAGUCUGCGGCCAGUAAGCACAAGGACCCGUUACUACACCGUAUCCUCGAUAAGAAUUACCGACUACAGGCUACUCCGCACAAAACCGUUGCCUUACAGCCACAAUCGCGCGGUCUCCGCGGCAGAUCCCCCGCCAAGCCCGUCGAAGGAGAGGAAGACCGGACGCGCAGGGCACUUUGGGCCGAGAGCCCGAUGAGUUCGCCCGAGAUAGCGAUGCCGAAGCUGCGAAGCGACUUGUACAUGUCGCCCAUACGGCUAGCACGAGGUCGCCCAGCUAUAAGCGAUACUCCAAGAACACCAGGAGUUAGUGUGCAGACUCCGGGUACGGCAAGGAAGACGAGAGAUAUCUUCGCGGAAGCUAGGGAUAAGGGGCUAAGCAAGAGUAAAGCCAAGAAGGAUCCAGAUGAGAUCAACUGGGAUAGUGAUGACGAUGACGACUUCGGUGGGAUGAGCCCCCCGAAGACGAUUCAGUUUGCGCUGCCGCCGAGUAAGCUCAUGCAGACACCCGCACGAGAGGCAAGCAGGCGGAUCGUCGACGAUAUUCUAAUCACGGCCGGCGCGGCACCGGAGGAUUCGUCCGAGUACAGCCCGACCAUGGUGAAGAUGAAUCAAGAUAUCUUGGACGAUACGUUCUAA